UCGGGACGCGCGCUCCUCCCGACUCUGCGCGCCUGGUACUUUAGUGAUCAUUGUGUGUGUGUUUUUGUGAUUUUUUUUGUGUAUUUUUGACAAUUUUGCGAAUAAGUUUUUGCUACAAUAAAUUUGGUUUCCGGAAAAUAACAUAGGAUUUUGGUACUACAUUUCAUCAUGCCAAGAUAAGAAGCCACAAUGGAUUGGCAGUGACAACAAUGACAGCGAGUCUGACUAUAAAGACACAAAUAUGGUGCUUGGUGGGAGUGGUGACAGUGGUGAUGGGAGCGGUGGUGGGCCUGAACGGGGACCACGUGUGUGUGGUGCAGCAGAAAUACAACAUAACGAAGCGCGUGAAGUACCGCGCUCCGAUGUCAGUGCGGACGUACGAGUGGUGCUUCUCCAUGCCGCCGAGAUGCUCCAAAUGGAGCACAGAGAUGCGGGACCUUACUAGACUCGAGACGGAGGAGCGAACAGCAGAGGUGGCAGUAUGCUGUCCCGGAUACAAAAUGAAGGAUGUAUCCUGUGUGUCCAUCUGUCCGGCAGGGAGGACCGGCAGCGGAUGCUCUGAGGAGUGUCCAAAAAACAAAUGGGGACCUAAUUGCGUGAACGAAUGCAAAAGAUGCACAGAACAAGGCACCUGUUCGGCGGUCACAGGAGAAUGUCGAUGCCAGGGUGGAUGGCAAGGUGAGAGAUGUGAAGUGAGACAAACUACUCCUGCAACGAUGGAGGAACUAUCAGUUACUAAGCCAGUUAAUAUAUCUACCUCAGGACCUGUUCAUGAAAGAACUACUAUGAUUAGCACAACUGGAACAACAACUACAAAAGCACCAAUUAUUACAACAGUGAGGAUUCCAAUCACGGCAGCUACAACAACAACAACGUUGCCUACAACUCCUAAACCUACGACAACAAGUACAACAACAACUAGCACAAGUACUACUACUACUUCUACAACUAUGAGACCUGUUGCAACGACUUUAUUGACAAGCGCCCCAACAUCCACAGUAGAAACCACUAUACAGUCAUCAAAGAGUGCUACUGUAGAAGCUAUAUCGAAUAAAGAGUCAACGAGAACUACUAAACAUACAAAUUGGAAUAACGUGACUUUGACACCUUGGGUUUUAUCAACAGAUAAAUCUGUACCUCCGACAAUGAUGCCGUUUACCACGGUUAGUCCAAUUUUCAUUAAAACAACUUUUACUAAAAAUGCUGAAACUAGUACAGAUUUCAUUAAAGGAACGACUGCUAAAAUAUUACCGUCAAAGACUGAGCAUUUAGAAUUGCCAUCGCAAUCGACUAAUAUAUUUGAAAUGUCAACAAUGAGUUUGAGGACUGCUAAACCUAUCUUAAUAACAGAGCCCACAGUCAAGGAAGCUACAAGAAGACCAGAAACGACUAUCAAAAUCUAUCCAACAACAAUCAAGUUUAAACCAAAAGAAAUUUGGAUUAAGCCAGCACAAAAAGAACCGGAGCAUAUAACGGCUGUGAUGGACAAGCCAGAUCGGUCAUCGGUGGACUUGAUAUCGGUGAUCAGUAUAGCAGGCGGGGUGAUGAUGACGGUGAUCACCGUGGCGGUGGUGAUCGUGAUGCUGGAGCGGUGCAGGCGCCCGCGGUAUGAGGAUAAGAUGAACAGCAUCAGGAUGGAAGUGAUGAUUGAUAAUAAUGAUGGGCCGCCGCCGUAUGUGAGGAACAUCUUCAAUACGCCGUUGCCUGAGCCACCGCGGGCUGAAAAAUGCCAUUAUCAGCCAAUCUCAACUUUGGACAGGAACUUGAAACAAUUUAUGAGGCCAGUGGUUGUUCAAACAAUUUCUCCUAUGAUGUUGGAAAACUUUAGGGGAAUUCUAGAAUGCCAUUACGACCACUUGCCUCGAAGAAGCGUCGAGUAUCCAACAUUACAGGCGCGUUGUUCAGCAGCGCCAUCUCUGAGCGGUUGUGAUGAACUACGUCAACAGCGACCUGACUCGCUCGCCGAGUCUACUAUAGAAGCGCUCAAAUGUGAAGCAAAGCUAGACGUAAUUGAUAACACCACAUCUGAACCUUUGUAUGCUGAAAUACCAUGCUGGAGACCACCAUCAGAACACGCAAUUGAGGUCGUCAAUUUGAACGGAGAAGCUGUAACCGAAUUAUGACUUAAGAGCUACCAAGCAUAGAAGCUAGUUUCACUACUGCCCGUUAGAUGGCGCAAAAAUAAAUACAAGCGUUAUCCCAAAGAUUUUAUUUAAGACGAUUUUAAAAUAAUGAUUGAUGUUUUAUGUGGUUGUUUUGUGAAAAUUAAAUGCGUGUGUGAUUAAUAGAGUUUAAUAAUGUGAAGAUAGUUGUUUUUAACUGAACAUAUUAAUCGUAAUAAAAUGUGCGAUAUGAA